GGAGUGGAGACCGCCUCAUUCUGCCUGAUCGCAACAGCAUACUCGAUGAGACAGUUCUGACCGUGCCAUUUCAUUAUAUCUUCCUUCAUUUUCCCGGACACGUCUACCCGAUUUCUUUUUUCUUUGCCGCACCUGCGCUGCAUUCUCGGAUACGAUGACCUCGGACGUGCCGCAGCGAUCGACCUCCGUACCGUCACAAGCGGGCCCCUCGGAGCCAUCUCACGAGCCACCACACGAAGUAGCUGCGGAGGGAAGCAAUAGUGGACAUGAAAGUCCUAGCGCGAGCUCGAGUUCUCAGGCAGCGCCUGCGAGAGCUGAGGCGGCGCAGAAAAUAGCGAUGGUGGGCAUGAAAGUCGCUCUGCCCGACAUGUCUCCUCCGAGUUCGCCACUUACGCUUCGCGAUCGUCACUCUCACUGGUCGCCGACAGAGGAUGAGGAUGGUUCCCCAGGGGAGAUGGAUAUCGUUUCGUGGUCCGAGGACGACCUGGGCACGGUUACCUCGACAUCGCCGUCCGGACGAGGUGAGCCAUCGCAGAAGUCGCCACUUGAAGCGCACGACCAUCCGCUGCGAGGGAACCCACCAUCGCCGCCCAUUUGGGAGCAGAUCAGCCCGCCAACGUCCAGCGGUCAAGGAGCAUCGUAUGGCUCGUCGGAUACCCAGAAUGCACAAAACUACCGUGGUACAAAACUCUCGCCGUCACGACCUCUGAUACCCCGUUCAUCAUACUACUUUGCACCUCCGCCGCCAGAUGCAGCUUUUGGAACACCACCUAUUGGGCAGAUUGGGAUACACCAUCCUCGGGAGAUAGUACGGAUUGAGAGGGACUUCUCAGGAGGGGAGCUACCACAGUUUGCUCCGGUGUAUCCUCUAGAGUUCGAGGGUCGGUUAACACCGACACAGUUCCUCGAGACGAUAAACUCCAUCAACGAGCUGCUCAUCUCCGCACAUAGUCUGCGCCAUUCCUUCGUCGAUAAUGCGCUCUCGUUCUUCACGCUUCAGCUAUCGCGGCUGGCGUUCUCGUCACAUUAUGAGAAGGUGCGUUGCAUGGUGGUCGGCGGAUCGGCAUCGAAUCCGGCUCUGACGCGUUUGCUGCUCGUGCUUCUCGCGUGGCAGGAAAUGCUACGCCUGCAGCAUCUGAUCGAGGAUCUCAAUGUGCAAAUGUAUAAUCCGGUCGGGUUGAACAUCCUCUGGCCGCGCAAGGUGGCCUUCUUAUUUCUUGAGAUCGAGUAUUAUUGAUCCUUUCCAUGCGGCCACCAUGUACAACUCCUAUCUGCAUCUCUCCCAGUCGCUCAUUUCGUCUCUUUAUUACCGGAUUUUGUUUCUCUUUCACGGUCCGUGGACAUCUGCAUCGCAACCAAACAUACCUUCAGUCGAGAUAUCCCCAAUAUUAUUGCAAUUUCACGUAAUCACUGUGUCAUCUAGCCAGCCUCUGCUCGAACGUGUAUAUCAUCAUCACAGACGUGAAACACGUUCUUUCUCCUCUUGAUCAAGUCCAAUUCAGUCAUUUUUCCAGGAGGCC